AUGCCCCCAAAGACCCGAACUAAACCCAGGCAUGAUCCCAAGAUAAAACCCAACCGCCGAGGCUCACAAAAGGUGGUGAUUUCUUUGGACUCUGAUGAGGAAGAUGGAGACGCUUCUGAAUUUGUCUCAGAUAACUCGGAAGGGGACAUUCUCCCGGCGAAGCGGAGACCCCAAGCGAUGCCGGUGCUAAAACGGUCCAUCUCGUCGAUCAGCUCCAAAACCUUGAAGUUCCGCACCCCCACGCCGUCCCAAAGAAACAUUGAUACCUCCCAAUGCAGUUUUCUGGUUUCCCAAUCGAUAAGCUCGCCAAAAACUGUAAUUUCCCAACUCUGGGUCGAAAAGUACGCUCCAAAACUGGUUAGCGAAGUGGCUAUUCAUCCUAAGAAGCUCCAGGUGGUGGAGCAAGUACUUACCCAAAUGGUUAACCGCCAAAGUAACCGACGAAUUCUCUUGCUCACGGGCCCCAGCGGUUCUUCUAAGAGCACACUUGUGAAGGUCUUGCUCAACAGCAUGGUGAGACCCCAGACACUUCUCUCAUUCGCGCUGAACGCUGAGGAAAGCCGGUACAUUGAGUAUACAAACCCCGAGCUUGAAGAAACAAGCCAUGUGGGUAACUUCAGCUCUUUCCUCGAGGCAGCACGGUACUCCACGCUUCCGAUCCUCGUGGAAGAGCUCCCGAACGUCUAUCAUGAGCCUACCAGAGCAGCCUUUGUGCAGAGCUUGGCCGAAUGGCUCCAUACCUCCGCACAGCUUCCGCCGUUGGUGCUUUGUCUCACUGAAACGGAGCUUCCUCCAGAGAGCGACUCCCCGGGCCGGAACUUUCUCAGUAUCGACACCAGCCUCACGGCCGAGACCCUUCUCGGGCCCCAGAUCCUUAACCACCAGAAAUGCGUGCGUAUCAAGUUCAACCCAAUCGCCAAGACGAUUUUGCUGAAGCCCUUGAAGCGGAUUAUCCAAAGCGAAAGCGCGCUGGGGGGACUAGUGGUGAAGCGGAGUGAGGCGGAAGAGGUGCUUCGCAGGCUAGGGGAGUCGGGGCUUGGUGAUAUCCGUUCGGCCAUCAGCGCUUUGGAGUUCUGGGCAUCAAACAAAGGCAACUCUGCUCUGAAUUCAGGGAUCGAUUUGAUCAGCUUGACGAGAGAAGACCAUCUAGGGUUGUUCCAUGCCAUUGGGAAGAUUGUCUACGGCAGCACGAGUUCCAGUAAUGGGGGAAAAGAGACCGAAGAGGUGCAAAACUACAACCUACGAACGUUGCUUGAGACUAAAACCGGAAAGAUAUACGACUCUGCCGCGAUAGAGGUGCUCGACGAGACGCCCCCGCCGUACGAAACGUCCUUUCAUCCCGAUUACUACGCGGUAAAGCACGUACUAGACAAAUCCAACUCGCCCUCAGUGCUUCUUCUCUCCGUUUUGGAAAACUAUGCGGCAGUGUUGGCCCAUGAGGAGAGGGCUCCAGGUGACGGCAUUCUCCUCCAGCACGCUGCGUUUGUCGCCGAGCAUCUUUCGGCCGCCGACACGCUCGCCAGUGAGGAAGCUGUGGAUGUGGCGCUUCGAGGUACCAGAGAAGGCCUACGAGUCAAUAGCAAGGUAUUGUCGCUGAGGGAACACACACUCAGGUUCAGCCGCUUUUUUAAGGUGAUGAAGCAGCGCAAUGCUACGCGCCGGGAGUUGAUGAAGGAACGAGAAACAAGGAAAUUAGCGGUGAGUGUAGAUGAUUUGAACAUGCUCACCGGUUUCUACGAGCCCUUGAUUGUCAAUUCCAAGCGGUACAAGCUGAAAAAUGCCGUGCAGGGGUAUAAAUCUCGUCUAGGAGGGAGGUUCACGGCUAUUCUUCUGGAUAGUACGCUCCCGUACGGGGACACGAUGGAGGAAGAGAUCCCAGAAAGGACCGAUGUGGCAGUUGAGUACAGCGAAUCGGAAAUGAGUGAUCCCAUUGUCGACAGCGAGGAAGACUUUGAUGACUCGUUGGAUGAGGGCUUCGAGUACUUGUUGAGCCAGUCAGGCACGCAGUUGCGCGAUUCGAAAGAACACAAGCAUGAAGUGUCCGAGGGUGAAGUGCCCAAGUUCCACUUAUCGGAACCUCCAGCAAAAACGCCGGGUAAGGUGGAUGUGUGGGAUGUGACUGGGGAUUUGUCCAGUGAUUCGGAUCUCGAUAGUUAUUUUUGA